AUGUACUUGGUCGACGGUCCCCGUAUCAUCCAGGAUGGUUUCGACAAGGCACACGGCAAUCCUUUCGAGAUUAAUGCUCCCGACAACCGUUACGUCUUCGUAUCAUCGACGAAGCACAUCAAGGAGCUCGAUUCGGCUCCCGAUACGGUGCUGAGCCUCCAAGCGGCUUCUAAGCAGAUGCUGCAGCCUAUGUAUACCAUGCACGGGUUCAACUGGUUCGACAGAAGAGGAACAGAGGGCGUUGGAUUCAUCCGCGCUCUGCGCACGCUCCUGACCAACAACCUGCCUGACAUCCUACCAGAUCUGAGCGUGAUAAUUAGGGCGCGCUUUGAAGAGCUACACGCAACGCAUCGUGUUGAGAAAGAGACAGGCCGUCGGUACUCGCCAGUGUAUCCUAUGAUCGUCAAGCUGGUGGUUCUGAGCAACGCUGUGUCAUUUUUCGGCAAAGAUCUGGCCAAAAAUGAGCAUUUCAUGAAGUCGGCUUUGGACUACGUCGAGGAGACUCUGAUAUGCGCUGAGAUCGUGAAACUGUUGCCUCCGUUACUUGCACGAAUUGUGGGCCAGAUCAUAGGUCGACGACUCAAGUCGCAAGAGGUCAUUUUCAAUGUACUCUUGCCCAUAGCAGAAGAGCGAUGCCGAGAGAGAGAUUUGAAGGCUGCAGGCCAAGCAGUGCCCCGCCAUGCCGAUUGCAUCCAGUGGAUCAUGGAAACCUCGCCUCGUUCAAGGCCGUGGACACCCAAACGGAUCAUACAUGAGCUGAUGGCUAUUUGGUUCGGUUCAGUACAUGCACUUUCGACGACUAUUACCUUUGCUAUCCAUGACCUCUGCCUUCAUCCUGAGUAUGUUCAGCCUCUACGCGAAGAACUGCAGGCCGGUUAUGCCGAGUUUGAGCGCACAUCCAAGGGCCUUCCGCUGCUGGAUAGCUUCGCCAAGGAGUCCGCACGUCUGACUCCCGUCGAAUCUAUGAGUACGCGUCGCUCCGCGCUCAAGCCCUUCACCCUCUCCGACGGCACAGCCGUCCGCCCGGGAGAAUGGGCCUGCACACCCGUCCGAAGCAUCAUGCAGAGCCCCGAGUAUUUCCCAGACCCCCUCGAGUUCCGAGGCUUCCGCUUCGCCGAACAAAGGGAAACUGGCACAGAUGAUUCAGAGGGCGUCGAUUUCCGACAGCCAAGCCCGUCGAAGCUGACAGAUGCCGACCAUCCGUGGCAUGUGUGGGGAACGGGCAGAAUGGCCUGUCCGGGGAGAUUCUAUGCCGUCGCGGUUAUGAAGGUGGUGCUCGGUCAGGUGAUCUUGAACUACAACUGCGAGCUGGCGGAGCCCGAGUCGUCUCGUUGGAUGGUCUGGAGGUCAACUAUGCUGCCAAAGGCAAGCACUGCGGUGAUCUUUACACCGGUUGACGAAGCCACGCAAUGA